CAAAAAAUAGAUUCAAGUCAGAUCUUUUCCGAAAAAAGAUAUUUUUGUGCAGCAUAAAUAAAUAAUGAAGUUUUCCAUUUAAAUUGAUUCAAAUAAUAACGAGAAAGUAAUAAAACUUUAGUUUUAUAAUUUAAAUCGUGGCUCUACAAAAAUAAAAUAUAUUUUUGAAGUUUACAAGUUGAAGUGGUAGUGGUAGAUUUUUGUAAAGAGUUUACUUCUUGCACUAUUCUCUUAAAUGUAAUGUAAUUUUAUUUACUUUGUUUCCUGUUUCUCUUUUAUACCGGAGGUAAAGUUUUUGCAAGUUACAGACAGUUAAAUAUUUAGUUUAUUCAAAUAUCAAUUAAUAAACAAUGGGUGGUUGUUCGGUAUUUGGAUGUAACAACUCAACACGAACAAAACAAACAAAUACAAGUUUCCAUAAAUUUCCUAAACGAAAUUCAAAGAUUUCAAAACAAUGGAUUGUAUUUUGCAAAAGAAAAGAUCUAAUUAAUAUUCAAAGUGCAAGAAUUUGCAGUCUGCAUUUUGUCAAAGAUGAUUUCAUAAAUAAUAUUAAAUUUGACAUGGGCUUCACAGCGUAUCGCAUGUUAAAACCGGAUGCAGUUCCUACCAUCUACUUGAAAGGAAAUUUUGAAUUUGAAUCAACAGAAUGUUCAAAGGAAAUAACGGCGGAACAAACCGAACAAAAUAAUCUUGAGAUUUCAGUUUCGAAACAAUUCGAUUCGGAAAUUUUAAUUGAAAAUGAGGAAAAUGAAUGUUUAAGUAAUGCCAAUGCUUCGGAUCCGUUAUCUUUAGAGAAAACAAAUCAGCUAUAUGAAGAAAUAAAAUUGUUACGUGCCGAAAAUGAAAUUUUAAAUUCAAAAUUGUCGAAAGCGGAAAAAACAAUAACAAGCUUAAGAACACGAAUAAAAGAACUGGAAAUCCAUCCAAAUAAUUGA